GUUCCACUUCCUUUUUAAUUUAAAAAUUAGGGAGGAAAACGUUCCAUCGAUUUAGGUUUAAAGAAACUCCUAAUCUCACCUGGAAUUUGCAAUUCUCGAACAGUUUGGCUUCCUCGAGUUCAGAGUUUCGCAGCUAUGACUGAGUAUUGGGUGAGUCAGGGGAAUAAAUGGUGCGAUGUCUGCAAAAUUUUCAUAUCGAAUAACCCGUCAAGUAUUCGAAACCAUGAGCUCGGCACACGGCACAAAGAAAAUGUUGCUCAGAGGCUUACCACUAUGCGAAAAGAGAGUGCAGCCAAAGAUAAGGAACAAAAGGAUGCCGUUCGUGCUCUUGAACAGAUUGAAGCUAAAGCUAAGCGGAGUUAUCAGAAGGAUGUUGCUGGUUUUCAGGCGAGGGACUCUAGCGCCCACGAAUUGGAUGGUCAAGAAGACUGGGAGUAUGACAGUAGUUCAGGUUAUUACUACAAUAAAAACAACGGUUUAUGCUAUGAUCCAAAGUCGGGAUUUUACUAUUCUGAAUCUAUAGGCAGGUGGGUGACUCAGGAAGAGGCAUAUGCCAAGGUUCAAGGUUCUUCAAAUACCAAAUCAGGCGGUCCUAUUUUUAAAAAUCCAUUUUCUACUCCAGGGGCAGGAGCAGCUGCAGGUAGCAAAAAUGUUGCUAAAAGUCGAAAUAAUAUUGCACCCGGGCCUGUCCUUUCAGCUACUUUAAACCCCAUGAGAUCUGUCAAAGGUGCUCAAUCCUCACUUUCUGUUAAGAGAAAAAGACAAGAUGAGAAGAAACCGAAGGCCGUAUCUAAAGAAGAGGCAGCUGCACUCAAAGCAAGGGAAGCUGCGAAGAAGAGAGUUGAAGAGAGAGAGAAACCGUUGCUCGGGUUGUAUAAAGGAUCUCGUUGACACGGAAUAACUCGAGCAAGCACUCUGGCUGUUCUUUAUUCAAGGGGGUAUGCUUCAGCAUGCUACUAAACUUUCUUUUAUCUUCUCUUGGUUCAGGGAGCGGGGCAACUUGAAUUGCAUUUCGUUGCAGAUACCGAGAACAUGUUAAAGCAGGUUAGGAUAUUUUACAUGACUUGAAUGUUGCAUUGCCGUUAGAGAAUGAACCGAAAUGGUAGUCCUCAAUACAUUCCUGUUGUAAAAUACUGAACUUGUGUUGUGUGCUAACUAAAAGUCUUAGUAUUUGGGAUCCUUUGUGUUGAGAGUUUUAUAAAAAUUUUCUGUUAAUU